UCCAUUUGGAUUUAUCAAACUAUAAAAAUAUUUAAGAGGAUACGUAUUAUAACAAGUGCGUAAAUUAAGGAACACAUUGAAAAAUAGAUUUUCAGCUUAGAUUUAUUUACAUGUCGGUGUCUAAAAUAUUUCAAACCUUAAACGUUUUAUAGUAUUCGAGCACAAAUACAAUUAAUGCUAUACCUGGGAUGUGGAUAAAUAGUGGAAUUUCUAAAACAAUAACGAAAGCGUUGUUUGAACAGGAUGAUAUUUCGAAUUUUUGCUCUUCUUUGCAUCACUCGAUCAUGUUUGGCAGUGACGGUGAUAAUAAACGAGACGGAGGUGGACUGUAAUGGACAUUGUGCUUGCUGUGAAGGAGGAGAGGCUCAGUGUGGACGUGCUGAUGGAAAACCAGAUUAUUGUUUAAAUGGCUGUGUUAACACAAUAUUUGGACAUAGAUGCAAAUCUGCAUGUCCUGGUAACUGUCGUACUUGCGCCCAGGAUGACGGACAUCCGUGUUUUACUUGCAAGAAUUCGUUUUAUGAUAUAAUUAGUGCUUGUAGCAUGAGAUGUCCUCUUGGGUGUGAUGGUACUUGUAAUGAUAACGGAAUAUGUAGCGCAUGUAAAUCAAACUUUGAAGGAGCUAGAUGCGAUACAUGCAUACCAGGGAAAUACGGUGAAGAUUGUUCUAUGACCUGCCAUUAUCAAAACUGCCGUUGUACCGACUUGAAUGGAUGUGACUCAUGUACGACAGGAUUUGCUGGUGAUUUUUGCAUGAAAUGUGUAACUGGAUAUUAUGGAGCAAACUGCAACAUAAGAUGUCUUAGCGGAUGCAGAGAUGAAAAUUGUAUGAGAAAUGGAAAGUGCAUUGAAUGCAUAACUGGUUAUUAUGGGGAACAAUGCAAUGAUAUGUGUUCAACAGGUUGUAGAGGCGGAGUUUGUUUUAGAAAUGGAACUUGUGACUGUACUGAUAAUUUUACUGGUACACGUUGUGACGAAUGUGUUGUAGGAAAAUAUGGCGAAAUUUGUCAACAGGAAUGCAGUGCUGGUUGUUCUACAUUGUCCUGUGGCAAAGACGACGGAUCAUGCCAUGGUGGAUGUGACGAUGGAUUAUAUGGCAUUUAUUGUUCUCGGAAAUGUAACGAUAUUGGCAAUGAGUGUUUUAAAUGUAGCCAGCCUGAUGGAAGGUGUUUGGUGUGUAAAGCAGGAUUUUACACGAAUGAAAAUGGAAAUUGCAUUUCUUGCAAUAGUAACUGUAAAGAUGACAAAUGCAAUGCUGAAACAGGCAAAUGUAUUAAUGGUUGUGCAGUAAGCUAUUGGGGAGACCAGUGUAACCUAAAGUGUAAUUCAAAUUGUGCAUCAUGUCAGCAAGAUGCUGGAAUUUGUUAUUCAUGUAAUAAUCAUACGGUACAUGGCCUUUAUUGCAGCGAACCUUGCGUCUCAGCAUGCUUUGAAAGACAGUGCGAACAAAGAACUGGUCAUUGUCUUCUUGGAUGCAAUGGCGAUUUCUUUGGCAAUAUGUGCCAAACAAGUUGCCCUGAACAUUGUCAACAUACAGGAACAAAAGCAAUUUGUAAUAAUGAAGGCGAUUGUUUGAAUGGCUGCAUUCAUGACUUUGAAGGCAGACAUUGUACAGAAAGACGAAUUUACACUGCUUCAUCCACAAAUAUUGCACUCGCAGCAUCAUUGGGUGUUUUGGGCAUUGUGCUUGUUUGUUCACUGGCUGGUUGCUACCUGUGGAACAGACGCAUGUCUAGAUCAAUAGAACGAAAUUCGGAAAUACAGUUGGAUCAGCGUGAAACCGCAAGGGCAUAUGAACAGCUACACAUACAGGCCAACGAACCAACAAACAGGAAUGUUGACGACAAUUAUACUGUGCUUUCAAUGUAAAAGUUAAAAUAAAACACAUUUGAAUCCUAGUUAACAUUUCACAACAUGUGUUUAUGACGUCUUGUUUAGUGCUGGUAUAUUUUAAACAUUUGGUCAAGGUUGGAACAAGUGUGAGGUUGACCGCUAUUAAACCGGUUCAAGUAAACGCCGUUUUCAGUUACCCCAACAUUUACCAAUUCCAAUUAGUUUCGUUAUAUAUGUUGUCUUGAAGUUGUGUUUAUAGACUUUUUUGCCUUGUUCCCCUUUUUCCUAUAAACUGGAUGUUUACAAAUUUUAGCCUACUUGGCUUCAGGGAAAAUACAAUGUUGAGGACAAUUUCAACAUCAUGUUUGUAACACGGAUCGACAAUAAAAGUCUAACACUACCUGAACAUGGAAAUUCUAUGGCGACUGUUCUAUAAAAGAAAAAAAAAGUUUUACUUUUGACCAGCUGUAAGGCGAAGUAUUUAAAAAAAGAUAAGAAACCAUUUUCAGCAUAUUAUUGCAC